AUGUUCGGAAUUCAUUAUCCAUAUUAUCUAAGUUCGUUUUUUGCUAUGUCUGGAGAAAAGAAGCAGAAGCCUGAAGAUUUGCUUGCUAAGCUGCGCAAGAUCGAGGAUAAUAAGCAUUGCGCUAACUGUGGCGACUAUGCGAAGCUCGGUCACACCAAUGUGUGCGUUCCUUACAGCUCUUUCGUGUGCCACAUGUGUAAAUCUGCCCACCAGUCUUUCUCGCACAGAGUGAAGAGUGUUACCAUGUCGACCUGGACUCUGAAGGAAGUGCGUGCUCUUUCUGAAAAGCACGGUGGAGGUAACAAGGCUUGCAUCGCCAAGUGGCUGUCCCAUGGAGAUGUCGAGAAGUACAGACCUCACCCCGGCGAUUCUCUUGAUAAAUACAAAAACUUCAUUCGUCUCGCUUACGAGGAGAAGAUGUUCAUGGCGAAGGACGACGCUGAGGAAGAGCCCGCCGAGGAAGCUGAGGAGCAGGCUGAGGAGGCUCCUGCUGCCGCUGCCCCCGCUGAGGAGGAGGAGGACGUGUUCGACGAGGGUCCGAAGAAGAAGGCCGUGAAGAAGGCCGCUCCCAAGAAGGUGCAGCAGCAAGAGGAGGAGGACGUGGACUUCGGUGACGAGGAGCCCGCUGCGGCCGAGGAGAAGCCGAAGAAGAAGGUCGUGAAGAAGGUCGUGAAGAAGGUCGCCAAGAAGCCUGCCGCGAAGGCGCCCAAGUCGCCUCAGGAGGACGAUUUCCUGGGAAUGAGCCAGCCUUCCCCUGUCCCUGAUGCCAAGGCCACCUCCGCAGCUGACGACGUGAACAGCAUGUUCGCGCCUGCGCCCGCCGCCUCGCCCGCCCAGGCCGCUGCGCCCGCGCAAGCGGCUGCCUCUCCUGCCCAGGCUCCUCAGGGCCAGCAGGGUCCGCAGGCGAUGGCUGGAAUGCCCGGCAUGGCCGGCAACAUGACCCCGCAGCAGUGGAUGGCGUACCAGCAGCAGAUGGCGUACUACCAGCAGAUGGCCUAUUACCAGAUGGCCUAUCAGCGCCAGAUGCAGAUGGCUCAGCAGGGACAGAAGUAAGGAGAGAGACGAGAGUGUAGUUUGGCUAGGAUAUGAUAUU